AGAAGGGAUGAGUUUUCAACGAUACCAGUCUUGUACAGGAAGCAAACUGGAAGGGACUGGAAACAGGGAGAGCUGUAGAAAACGGAGAUCUCUCAGAGAAGCACCAGAGAAGGAAAAAGACAAAACCCACCUAGAAGCAGAGGACCCCCGAAUCACGACUACAAAUUCUUGGGGAAGGAUUUGAUGUUCGGUGGCAGAGCUGAUGUUGAAGGUUUGGGCCGAAUGAACAUGAUGAAGUCGGUCAGUCUUCUUAAUCCUAAUCCUAAUCCAAAACCUCCUUUGGAGAGGGUUGGCCCACAGACUCCGACGCAGCCUCAGUGGAGCCAGCAGGAGACGAGGGAGUUCAUCGCGAUCCGUGCGGAGGUCGAGAUGGAGAGGGACCUCACCGCCGCUACUAACGCUAACACCAUUUCCGGCGUUCCCAACAGUGGUAAGAGGAGCAAGACGACGGCGCUUUGGGAGGUGGUGAGCGGUAGGAUGAGCGAGAGAGGGUACAAGAGGACGCCCGAGCAGUGCAAAUGCAAGUGGAAGAACCUCCUCAAUCGCUACAAGCUCGUACAGGGGAAGGAGACAUCUGAUCCAGAUAAUGUACGACAGUGCCCCUUUUUUGAUCAACUCCAUGCGGUAUUCACUGAAAGAGCAAAGAACAUGCAGCGAUUACUUCUUGAAUCUGAGGCAGGUUCUAGCCAGGCAAAGAAAAGUUUCAAAAGAUCAACUGGAGAUCGGUCCUCAGAUGAAAUCUCAGAUGAAGAAGACGAGGAUGAAUAUGAUAGUGACGGGGAGAGGCCUACCAAAAUCAAUUCCAGAAGAAGGAAGGCUGAAAGACUAUCAUUGGACAAGCCUUCAAGAGCAAGCAACAUGGGUCAUGCUAGCACGAGUAAAAACAGUGACAUUCAGGAAUUGCUGAAGGAAUUUUUCCAGCAGCAACAUAGGAUGGAGAUGGAGUGGAGGGAGAUGAUGGAGAGGCAUGUUCAAGAGCGGGUUUUUUUUGAGCAGGAAUGGCGACAGACAAUGGCAAAGCUUGAAAGAGAGAGGAUAAUGGCUGAGCAGACUUGGAGGGAGAGGGAAGAGCAGAGGAGGAUGAGAGAAGAGACCCGAGCUGAGAGGAGGGAUGCCCUGCUGACCACCCUCUUGAACAAACUUCUCCAUGAAAAUAACCUUUGAGGUGGAGAUGGUCUCUCCCUUUGAUCUCUUCAUUGCUUCCACAUGUUAUGGUUUUACUACAUUCUAAGAGUGAAAACAAACGGGGGAAAAAAAAAAAGAGAGAGAGAGAGAGAGAGAGAGAAGGAAAAAAAGAUAUAAACAGGAUGUAGGCAGACAGUUGCUAUUUGUUUAGGUAUAAGGUCCUUUGUUUGCUAAAUUGACAUCUAUCGACAGUUUUUGGAUAUUCAUUCAUAACUACCAA